GACCCGCGGGGCGCUGCAGAAGGGGUCUGGACGCGGGGAGGGUCCUGGGCCCCGGUGGGUGUGGGUUUCCGCAGGCUGUGCUGCCGCCUGCUGGCACCGGCGGCGCCAGGACACCGGGGGCUGCACCCAACCGGUGCUCGGGGCGCGUUCCCCGGCCCGGACCCUCCGGUUUGCCCCCCCUCUGACCCUCACCCGGAGCCCCCGCUCGGUGUGGGCCGAAGCCGCCGGGACGGUCCCCGGGCAGGGGCGGACUCAGGUGCCCGCCGGGGUCCCCACGGAGCGCAGGCGCCCGCGUGGCACCGGGCACCGGGGCAGCGGCCUGUCCGGAGCAUCCUUCUGUCCCCCAACUCCGCUGGGGCCCGCAGGAGAUGCCGUUGCCCGUCCCGGGGCCGGUCUCGGUGUGGGGGCGGUCCCGGGGGCGGGGCCCGAGGUGGGGGGCGGUCUGGUCCCGGUCCCCGUUCCUCCGCCGCCAGCCCGGACAUGCCGUUCCCCGCCGCGCUGCUCUUGUUGGCACUGCUGCUGCCGCCGCCGCCGCUCUCCCGCGCCGCCGAGAGCGAAACCGAAACCGGCGCCCGGGAGCUACGGCUGGAAACGAUCGUGCCCCCCCCGGAGGGCUGCACGGAGCUGUCGGCGCCGGGGGACACGGUGCACAUCCACUACACGGGCAGCCUGGAGGAUGGCCGGAUCAUCGACUCCUCACUGAGCCGGGACCCCCUGCAGGUGGAGCUGGGCAAGCACCAAGUCAUUCCUGGUCUGGAGCAAAGUCUGCUGGACAUGUGUGUGGGGGAGAAGCGCAGAGCCAUCAUUCCCCCUCACUUAGCCUAUGGCAAGCGGGGCUCUCCCCCAACCAUCCCAGGUGACGCUGUGCUGCGCUUCGAGGUGGAGCUGGUGGGGUUGUCCCGGGCCAGUUACUGGCAGAAGGUGGUGAACGAGGUGGUGCCACUGCUGUGCCUGGGGCUGGUGCCAGCACUGCUGGGGCUCAUUGGGUUCCACCUGUACCGCAAGGCCAGCAGCCCCAAGCUCUCCAAGAAAAAGCAGAAGGAGGAGAAGAAGAACAAAGCCAAAAAGAAAUAAAACCUUCCCCUCGGCA